GGUCCGUGUAUUCAUUCGAAGAGUCUCAUUUGAUAAAUAUCAGAUUAUUCUAAACAGCCGAGUCCUGGUGCUGUGAGACCGUCUUAUCGGCCUGAAAAAAACUAUAAAAACUGUCAAAUAGAUGAAUAAAUUAGCUAAAAUGGGUGACAAAUACAAAGUAGUGCCUGAGGACGUGGUGAACCAUCCACAUUGUCAACAUGGACCCACUUUACUUUUCGCGCGCACAAGUCGUAAUUCACAAGAUCCAGAGUUCUUCUAUGGAUGUUCGGCUUGUAGAAGUAGGAAAGAGUGUCCUGUGUGGAUUCCAAAAGAUGAAGGCAGCUUGCAGUCGCGAAAGACUAAUUGGUCAGAGAAACAUUUCAAGUUCGGAUUGAGUAGGAGGACCGUCCGCGAAAAGAUCCUUGCAACGAAGGCCAAACACCGGAGAUAUUGCCACGAUUGUGAUUCAUUGUUUAGUAAGAAAGAUAAAAGUGCGAGGACUCAUAUUGACCACGACGUUUUAGUUGGAAUAACUGAUGAAGGUUUGAAAGAACCAACGAAAUUUCUACGACCCAAGGAUGAUGAGAAGACGCAAGCUCAGUACUUUUUCACAGAUGAAACACUACGAACUUUCCAUCGGAUUUUUCGGAAGCUCGGGAUCAGAAAUGAAAACGUCCUGCUUUUCGUGGACCCGCCCUUCGGAUGUCGAUCAGAACCGCUCACCCAAUCCAUCAAGGAAAUAUCUAGAACUUUUGGACGAUUAAAUAAUGCCAAUCAAUCGCUUCUACCAGUGUUUUGGAUUUUCCCCUAUUAUAUGGAGAAUUACGUGAAAAAUUCCAUGCCAGAAAUGGAAAUGUGUGACUAUAAAGUUGACUACAUGAAUCACAACUCAUACAGCAGCGACAAGGAAACUUCGCGAAAAUUCGGGAGUCCAGUGCGCAUUUUCACCAACGUUCCACUGAAGCAAAUCGAACUGCCGGAGAGUGAGGGUUACAAGUACUGCUCCCUAUGUAAGCGUUGGGUUGCCGCGGAGAAUCAGCAUUGUACGUACUGCCGCGAUUGUCCAUCAAAAAACGGGCAAUCUUACAGACACUGUCAACUGUGCGCUACUUGCGUGAAACCAAACUAUGUCCAUUGUCGCUCAUGUGGGCGGUGCACUCAAGCAAGCGGUCACUCGUGCGCAGAGUAUCAAGCGGCCCUGAAUUGUUGGAUAUGCCGGAAACGGGGACAUUCAGAGAGGAAGUGCACAGCCUGGACGGAAAUUCUGAAGCGGACAGGUGCCAAGCACGGCGCUAGCAAUGUCCGCAAGGGCAAACGACGAUGUCUUAUUUGUAGUGUGGUUGGGCAUAAUGAGAAACGGUGCCCGCAAAGGGAACGACUGCUAAAGGAGGUUACUUUUCUAGGACAAGUUUCAAACAUUUUCGAUUAGUUUAACUAACACUUUAUUCGAAUGUUUCUUUUCAAUUAGACAUGCUGAGUUUGAACAUAAAUUUGUGUACUUUUUAACGAUUCUGUUUUGUACAAAACUUUCUUGACAAUGCGUUAGACGCUUUUUAGUUCUAAUGUGUAAAUAAAAAUAAUUAGAGAACA